GAACAAUCGUUCGGCGUGUUGGGGCGAUCACCCUUGUUGCUGCUUGGCAGAGGCAGAUCCAGCCCGGGUGUAUUCAAUCGUAUCAUGCUUCCACCUCUUGUCCUGCCUUUGAACUGAUCCUCACACCCCACUGACCAUGGGCCACCUGCUGUCAUUGCCGACCUCUCUCCUCUUCGCCGUUGCCUCGCGCUUUCUGGCAGCUGCCCUCCUGCUGGUAGCUGCAGCCUAUCUCUACUUUUGGCCGAUACGGCGAUACUUUUCCCACCACCGCAACUUGCCUGGCCCAUACUCAUCCAGUGUCUUCUGGGGUGCCUUGCCAUACGUUUACUCCUUUCCCCACCCAACCACAGCAUACCAAAAUUGGCUCACCACAUACGGUCCGACCUUCCAGUACCCCAUCCUCCUCGGCAACUCGCGCAUCAUCACUGCUGAUCUCGCCGCCAUCUCUUACAUCCUCUCCCACCCUGCCAUUUUCCCCAAACCAGUCCAUGUCAGAGCAGCGCUCCGAGAGAUGAUUGGAGACGGGUUGGUCUCGGAGGAGGGUGAUGUUCACAAAAGGACGAGAAAGAAUCUGAAUCCAAGUUUGGGCCCAGCGGCUGUACGAAAGAUGGUACCGAUCUUUUACGAUAAAUCUCGCGAGCUGGCUGAGAGAUUGUCCUCUGAUCUUGAUGACCAGAGGGACAACAGAAUCAACUUUCUAUGGUACAUCAGCAGAGCCACGCUCGAUAUGAUGGGAGUUGCGCAAUUCGACCACGAUUUCCAUGCUCUCAGCGGAGAGGCAGAGGAGAUCGUUGAUGCUUAUACGGGCAUGUUUCAAGUUGGGACAGAGGUGUCUGUGAUGUCUGUCUUGCAAUUUUUGCUACCUGUAUUCAAGAGAAUUCCCACCAACCGCACUGCAGUUCUUGAUCGAAGCUUGCGCACGGCGAGAAGGUUUGGGAGAAAGAUCAUCAGGGAAAAGAGAGACAAUUUACGAUCUUUCGACCUGGAAAAGUAUCAGGACCAUGACAUUGGGCUUCUGGCGUCUAUGCUAAAAAAUCAGGCAACUUCCUGUCCAGACGAAAGGCUCACAGAUGAGGAGAUAUUAGACCAAGUCAACACUUUCAUGCUGGCGGGAUACGAAACAACUUCGACGGCGCUCUGCUGGUGCAUCUAUUCACUUGCGAAACACCCGGAAAUUCAAGAACGGCUACGUCAAGAGCUUCUGGAGAUCUCAGAGCAGCAGCCAGAUAUCGACACACUCAACGCGCUCCCAUACCUCGAUGCUGUGAUCAAAGAAUCUUUACGACUAUCCGCUCCCGUUCCGCUUGCUCUGCGCGAAGCCUCACAAGACAUCUCAAUUCCCCUUAGCACACCUAUCACUGGCAAGGACGGUAAUCUCAUGGACAGGGUAGAGGUCGGGAAGGGCACGACGAUUUUGAUGCCCAUCAGUAACGCCAAUACCCAAUUAUCGAUAUGGGGACCCAGAGCUGAAGAGUUCCUCCCAUCCCGAUGGCUCACACCUACACCAGAAACUUACCCGGGGAGCGCAAAGUCUGUCCCUGGGGUCUACUCCAACCUUCUGACCUUUUGGGGUGGCUCGCGAAGCUGCAUCGGCUUCCGUUUUGCACUGGCAGAAAUCAAAGUAAUGCUGUUCGUGUUGAUCAAGAGCUUUCGUUUCGAAGAAUUGGAGAACAGACCGCUCAUUGAAAAAAAGUUUUCGUGAGCUUUAUAAACUCUCCUCGCUUUUGGUGCUGAUGGCUCUCUAGCAUUGUGAGCCAUCCAUGGGUCGUCGAGGAGGAGAACGCAGGUUUUCAGCUGCCUUUGAAAGUGUCCGGCGUUCAGAUGACAUAGCGAUAAUUUCAGAGAGAUGUGAAUAUGCAUCAAGCACGAUCGACAGCA